AUGCACUCAUUCACCACCGUCGCUACUUUCGCUCUCGUCGCUUCAGCUUCGAUCGUAUCUGCUGCUCCUAUCGCCUGCAGAGGUAAACCCGACAACUACGUUGAUGGUUACCUCGAGGACUACGACACUUACCACGCCAGAUACAUCGCUUUGGACUGUCAUUCUCAACACAACAGUACUUUCUUCGAUGACUGCUGUCACCCUCUUCUCGCCAACGAGACCCUCGUUGACAACAGAAAGUCUUACUGUACUCCCAACACCACCACUUUGGCCGAAGUCACCUCCACCAUCGUAGCUUCCAACGCCACUGCUACUGCCACCGGUGCCGUCGAGGCCACCACCACCGCUUCUGCCGAUAUCGAUGCUGCUUCUGAGUACUCUGCUGCCGCCACUUCCACCUCUGCCGCCGAGUCUUCCACCGCCACCAUCGCUGCUGUUGCCGACUACGCUCACCACGGCAAACAAUCUUCUUCCUCCUCCGCUUCGUCUACCGAGGAAGCUUGGACCGCUGAGCCCACUUCUACCUCCUCCGCCGCUGCUGAAGCUACCUCAUCCGCUUCUUCCAGCUCAGGUUCCUCCGACGUCAUGACCGGCGGAUACGCUACUUACUUCUACCAAGGUGGUAAUGCCGGUGCUUGUGGUACUGUCCACUCCGACUCUGACAAGGUCAUUGCUAUCGACACCAACGGAUGGUGGCAAGACACCUCUUCAGCCUCACCAUACUGCGGUAAAUACAUUACCAUCACCAACACCAACAAUGGUAAAAGCGUUACCGCCAUGGUCGCCGAUGCCUGCCCCACUUGUGUUUCCGACAACUCCCUCGAUCUCUCCGUUGGGGCUUUCACCGCCAUCGCUGAUGAAUCCGAUGGGCAAGUCCCAAUCACAUGGGUCUGGGCCUAA